UAAAAAGAGGGCCAGGGAACAGUGAGCUGCAUCUGCACGAGUCUCUCUCUCUCUGCAGCGAAUCUCCCAGGCUCUACAGACCACCUACUGUAGCACUUGCUAAAACCUAAGUCAUCAUGUCCACCAGAGCUGUGAAGAGCACCAGCUACUCUUUGAGGUCCUCCUCUGCAGGCCUGGGGUCUCAAAAUUUCAGCAGCAACUCCAGCAACGGCUAUGGCGGCGGGGCCAGACAACAGAGCUACAGCGUCCGCAGCUCAUAUGGGGGUGUUGGCAGCAGCGCCGGGGGUGUGGCAGCAGGUGGCUAUAGGGUAGUUGGGGGGUACGUGGCUGGAGGGACUGGGCAAAGAGGGGGCGGGAUGGAGUUUGGGUAUGCGGGCAUGGGUGUUGGCGGUGGUAUGGGAAUGGGGGGUGGUAUGGGGAUGGGGGGUGGGAAGAUGACAUGUGUGGGACCCCCUCCGAUCACCGCUAUUCAGGUGAACAAGAGCCUGCUGGCCCCCCUGAACCUGGAGAUCGACCCCAACAUCCAGGUGGUCCGCACCCACGAGAAGGAGCAGAUCAAGACCCUCAACAACCGCUUCGUGUCCUUCAUCGAUAAGGUGCGUUUCCUGGAGCAACAGAACAAGAUGCUGGAAACCAAGUGGGGUCUCCUGCAGGCCCAGACCACCACCCGCUCCAACAUCGACGCCAUGUUUGAGGCCUACAUCUCCAACCUGCGCAGACAGCUUGAUGGUCUGGGCAACGAGAAGAUGAAGCUGGAGGGGGAGGUGAAGAACAUGCAGGGCCUGGUUGAGGACUUCAAGAACAAGUAUGAGGAUGAGAUCAACAAGCGUACCGAGUCUGAAAACAACUUUGUUCUCCUCAAGAAGGAUGCAGAUGCUGCCUACAUUGUCAAGACGGAGCUGGAGGCCAAGCUGGACUGUCUUACUGAUGAGAUUGAAUUCCUCAGGACUAUCUAUGACGCGGAGCUGCGUGAGCUGCAGGGCCAGAUCAAGGACACCUCUGUUGUGGUGGAGAUGGACAACAGCCGUAACCUGGACAUGGACUCCAUCGUGGCUGAAGUGCGCGCUCAGUACGAGGACAUUGCCAACCGCAGCAGAGCUGAGGCCGAGACCUGGUACACGCAGAAAUAUGAACAGAUGCAGGUGUCAGCCACCAACUAUGAGGACAAUCUGAAAAACACCAAGGUAGAGAUCGCAGAUAUCAACCGCAAAAUCAUGAGAUAUCAGUCUGAAAUUGACAAGAUGAAGGGUCAGCGCGGCCACCUGGAGAACCAGAUUGCUGAGGCCGAGGAGCGUGGUGAGCUGGUGGUGAAGGACGCCAGGCUUCGCAUUAACGACCUCGAGGUGGCCCUGCAGAGAGCCAAGCAGGAUAUGACCAUGCAAGUACGCCAGUACCAGGAGCUGUUGAACGUCAAACUGGCCCUGGAUAUUGAGAUCGCCACCUACAGGAAGCUGCUGGAAGGAGAGGAGAGCAGGCUGGUGAAUGGAAUCAAGUCGGUCAACAUCUCCAAACAGUCUUCUUCAACGAACUACAACUCUUACCCCCUGGAAAGCAGUCGCACCACCAGCUAUGUCAGCGGCUCAACGGGGGGAUACAAGGUCAGCAGCACCAGCUACGGCAGCAGCACUUACGUCAGUGGCCAUGAGAGCCACCAUAUAGGCAGCAGCUUCGACCUGCCUGGCAGCAUCACCUUGGUAGGCACUACCAGCAGAGAUGUGGAUACCAGCAUCAGCCUGGGAGGCGCCAAAGGCACCAGCAGAGACAUGGAUGUCAGUAUCAGCCUGGGAGGCAGCAACAGCCUGGCUACUAGCAGAGACAUGGAUGCCAGCGUCAGUGUCAAUAGCAGUUCCACUGUCACCAACAACAAAUCCCAGACCACCUUAGUCAAGACCGAUGAUGCCGAGGUGACCUCGAAUGUGGCUUCUGAUGCGGCGUCCAACCAUGCCGAGGAACAGGCGGCUGAGAGCGACAAAUGAGGAGAUUUCGUCAUCGCGGGCGACCGCGUAAUUAGCAUACUGUGGAUCUAUCUGUCGCAGAUAUAUGCUUCUCCAACCUACCUUUCACCCUUCCACUAGUUUCACUUUUCUAGCCAGGUUAUUAGUGUAUUUACCUGCUGAACAGAACAGUGACAUAUCAAACAGGCUACAUAUAUCCACCUGGAAUCACAGGCAGUCUAACUGUAUCCUCAGUCUAACUGUAUCCUCAGUCUAACUGUAACUUUUCCUACCCACAAAGGGUUUGUUUUCAAAUGGUAAAUGUGAAAGGUUGGGGGUAAGAUUUCCCCUAAAAGGCCCCUGAAAGUUGACCCCUAGUGUCCAUCCGAGUCACCAGCAGGUGUCAUUGUGGCACAUGUUUCUCUCUCUGCUUGCUCUGAGACCCAUUAAAGUACUUGGAGAAAAAAACAA